AAAAGUCCUCUCCGCAAAAGCUUAAAGAAAAACACUUGCAUUCACAAAAUCAGUCUCUUUCUGAAACCCCACCGGAAAAAUUCUCCGGCGAUCUAAAUCACGAACAACUGACAUGAUUGCGUACAUAGAACCCUUCUUCCGCGAUAAUGACCCCGAUGGCGGUUUGUCCAUGUCCAUCGACAUAAAGGGCACGAUCAUCUGCGGCGGAGCUGCGGUGGAGAUUGCCGGAAAAGACUUUGGCGGCAUGAACUCCGUCAAGCCACUCGCCGUUGUGAGACCCACCGGACCGGAGGACAUUUCCCGCGCCGUGAAGGCGGCUCUGCUUUCCGACAGCCUCACCGUGGCGGCACGCGGGAACGGACACUCCAUUAACGGACAAGCGAUGUCCGAAGGAGGGGUCGUCAUUGACAUGAGAUCGACCGAGGAGAAUCACUUUCAGGUGGGUAUCUCCGGAGACGGAGCUCCGUUCGCAGACGUCUCCGGAGGGGCAUUAUGGGAAGAUAUCUUGAAACGGUGUGUUUCUGAGUACAGUUUGGCGCCAAGGUCAUGGACGGACUAUCUCGGGUUAACGGUCGGCGGGACGUUAUCUAACGCCGGCGUAAGCGGACAAACUUUCCGUUACGGACCACAGACGGAGAAUGUAACGGAGUUAGACGUCGUCACCGGGAAAGGAGACGCCGUUAGCUGUUCCCCGACAGAGAAUUCAGAUUUGUUCUUCUCCGUACUCGGCGGUCUCGGACAGUUCGGUAUCAUCACCCGAGCUAGGAUUUUGCUUCAGCCAGCUCCAGACAUGGUGAGAUGGAUAAGGGUGGUAUACGCCGAGUUCGACGAGUUCACUCGGGACGCGGAGUGGCUGGUGAGUCAAGAGGGCGAGUCAUUUGAUUACGUGGAAGGGUUCGUGUUCGUCAACGGGGAAGACUCGAUCAACGGAUGGCCCACGGUUCCGCUUGACCCAGAAGACUGGUUCGACUCGGACCGGAUCCCACGAUCAGCCGGUUCGGUUCUGUACUGUCUCGAAGUGGCUCUUCACUAUCGGGACUCAGACCGCAAAUCCACCGUCGAUACGCGGGCGGAGAGGUUGAUUGGACGGCUAGGAUUUAUCGAGGGAUUACGGUUCGAGAUCGACGUCACGUACGUGGAAUUCAUCCUGCGAGUGAACCGGUCGGAGGCGGCGGCCAAGGCGAAGGGGACGUGGGACGAGGCUCCGCACCCGUGGCUGAACCUCUUCGUCUCGAAACGCGACAUCUCCAAGUUCGAUCGGACGGUGUUCAAGGAGCUUGUGAGCGACGGCGUGGGUGGUCCCAUGCUUGUUUACCCUAUGCUGCGAUCCAGGUGGGAUAAUCGGACAUCGGUGGUGUUACCGGAAGAAGGGGAUAUAUUCUACAUCGUAGCUUUGCUCCGUUUUGUUCCGCCCCACCGGAAACCUUAUUUGGUCGAGAAAUCGGUGAUUCAGAACCGUGAAAUCGUCCACUGGUGUGUAAGCAAUGGAAUCGAUUUCAAACUGUAUCUUCCUCAUUACAAGUCGCAAGAGGAUUGGUUUCGACAUUUCGGGAACCGAUGGUCGAGAUUUGUCGAUAGGAAAUCGAGGUUCGAUCCGAGGGCUAUCCUUUCACCGGGACAGAAGAUCUUCAAAAGAACUCCUUAAUUUAAUUGACACCCUCUCUCUCUGUCUCUCUCUUUCACAUUUUUAUGGGUUAAUGUAAGUGCUCUUUCUAUCGUUUUUCUUCUCGGUGUCCUUAGAUUCUAAUUCCCACGUCAAGAACUAUGUUAUUACAUCGAUGUAAUGAAAAUAUCGGUUUAUUUUCUUAGA